AUGGGAAACGAUGGUGGCUCGAUUCCAACACGACGUGAACUUGUCAAGCCAGGCGACAAGGGGCCUUCCACAGCAGAUCUAUUUCAGUCCAAAACACUAAACCAUGAGUACUUAUGGACAGUAUGUGCUUUAAGUGAUGCACCACUUGGGCCAGAUGGAGUAAUGUGUGAUUCUAAAGGUCGAUUAUACAGUAAGAAGGCUGUUUUAGAGUAUCUUCUUGAUCAAAAGAAUCAUAGUGACGACCAACUUAAUAAUGUUGACAAUAAAAAUAAAAAUAACAACAACAACAGCCGCUCUACAAUCACGUCUCUUAAAGACGUAGUCGAACUACACAUGGGGAAAAGUACAAAUCCCAACGACUGGAUAUGCCCAGCUACCCAGAAACGCGUUGUGGCCGAGGCCAGUGGAACCCGGUUCGUGGCAAUUAUUCCAUGCGGGCACGUGUUUGCAGAAAGUGCAGUACAAGAAUUAGGGCUUGAAAAGUGUCUUGUAUGCGAUGGGCCAGUGGAUAAGCAAGUUGGGCUAGUUGUUCUCAACGAUGGUUCCGAAGAAAAUGCAGCGCGGGUUGCACUGCUCGAAGCUCGUGGGCUUGCACAUAAUCUUAAGCCAUUGAAGAAGGAAAAGAAGAAAAAAAAGACGAUGAAAAAAAUAAAAAAGAACAACGAGCAGAUGGAAGCUGUCAAGGAUAGUGGAAGAGUUCACAAGAGUAAGAAAUAA